CUUUUCUCCCCUCCUUCCUGUUCUCCCCUCCCACCUCACUCCUACUUUUUACUGCAUCCUUCUUCUUCUCCAUUAAUCUUUCCCUCUUCAAUCGGACACUUUCGCCAUGGCUGCCCCCGCCCACAAGUUUAAGGUCGCAGACAUCUCCCUGGCUGCCUUCGGGCGCCGCGAGAUUGAACUCUCCGAGAUUGAGAUGCCUGGUCUCAUGGCCAUUCGCCGCAAGUAUGCUGCUGAUCAGCCCCUGAAGGGUGCUCGCAUUGCGGGUUGUCUCCACAUGACUAUCCAGACUGCUGUCCUUAUCGAAACCCUGACUGCUCUCGGAGCCGAAGUCACCUGGUCCAGCUGCAACAUCUUCUCCACCCAAGAUCAUGCUGCCGCUGCUAUUGCCGCUGCCGGUGUCCCUGUCUUUGCCUGGAAGGGCGAGACCGAAGAGGAGUACAACUGGUGCUUGGAGCAACAGCUCCGCGCUUUCAAGGAUGGAAAGCAGCUCAACCUUAUCCUUGAUGACGGUGGUGAUUUGACCUCUCUUGUCCACAGCAAGUACCCUGAGAUGCUCAAGGGCUGCUACGGUCUCUCUGAGGAGACUACCACUGGUGUUCACCACCUGUACAAAAUGCUCAAGGAUGGCAAGUUGCUCGUCCCUGCCAUCAACGUCAAUGACUCCGUCACCAAGUCCAAAUUCGACAACCUGUACGGUUGCCGUGAGUCUCUCAUUGACGGUAUCAAGCGUGCUACCGAUGUCAUGAUCGCUGGAAAGAUCGCCGUUGUUGCCGGCUACGGUGAUGUCGGAAAGGGUUGCGCUCAGGCCCUGCACAGCAUGGGUGCCCGCGUUUUCGUCACUGAAAUUGACCCCAUCAACGCCCUCCAGGCUGCUGUUCAGGGUUACCAGGUCACCACCAUGGAUGAGGCCGCUUCUCUUGGCCAGAUCUUUGUCACCACCACUGGUUGCCGUGAUAUUCUGGUCGGCAGACACUUCGAGGCCAUGCGAAAUGAUGCUAUCGUUUGCAACAUCGGCCACUUCGACGUUGAAAUUGAUGUUGCUUGGCUCAAGGCCAACGCUAAGUCCGUUCAGAACAUCAAGCCCCAGGUUGACCGCUACCUGAUGCACAACGGUCGUCACAUCAUCCUUUUGGCUGAGGGCCGUCUGGUCAACCUUGGCUGCGCCACUGGCCACUCCUCCUUUGUCAUGUCCUGCUCCUUCUCCAACCAGGUGCUUGCUCAGAUUGCCCUGUUCAAGGCCGAAGAUGAGGAGUUCGGCAAGAAGUACAUUGAAUUCGGUGCUUCUGGCAAGAAGCCUGUUGGUGUAUAUGUUCUUCCCAAGGUUCUCGACGAGCAGGUCGCUCUGCUCCACCUCGAGCACGUCAAUGCCAAGCUCUCCAAGCUCACCCCUGUUCAGGCUGAGUACCUGGGCUUGGAUGUCAACGGUCCUUUCAAGAGCGAAAUCUACCGCUACUAAACUUCUUAAUGUUUCUUUUUGUGUCAUCUUGACAGAUAGACUUUCAACAUGAUAACGAUGUUACGAUCACAUACAGGGUUCUUCAUCAACUUUGAACUCAAAAGUAUUUGACCUUCAACGGCAAGAUAAAAGUGGCA